CGCCAGGCCUUAUUAUUUAAGAAUGGAAGAGGAUGCAGAUACUAGAACCAGAUUCAGUUCUUUAUGUUACAUUAAUGAUCAUGUUGGAUUCCGUGGCACUAUAAAAAACUCACCAAGGGACUUCGUUGUUAUUGAGAUCAAUGAAAAGGGACAGUUAGUUGAUAAGGCCCUGGAUGAACCUCUUCACCAGGUUAAUAGCAUACUACCUAAGCCCAAAAAUAUUGCUAAGAAAACAAAACUAGAUCUUCAAAGUGUAUCCUUCGAAGAGGGACACAACCCAGCCCUUGAUGCUGUAACUCGGUAUUCUGAGAGUGACCAAAGUCUGCAACAUGACUUAGAAAAUGAAGAUACUGGCCAUGCUAGAACGCUUCGAUGUGAAGAAGAAAAAAAUGAUGUCUUCAACUCCUUGUUAGAUGAAAAAACGAAUGAAUUGCUGGCCCAGUUUGCCUGUGACGUAAAAGAGAAGUUGAAUUCCAAAACUGAGCUAACAGGACCAUCUCCUGAACUCUCCCUGGGCAAAAUCCUUGACAAAAGCCAGAGGGCCAGUUUGCACAGUGCUAUUAGACAGAACUUUCCUUUCUUAAUAACUGUGGGGAAAAACGGUGAAAUUGUUGUGAAAGCAAACCUUGAGUACAAAGAACUCUGCCACCUGGUAUCUGAAGAAGAAGCUUUCGGUUUUUUUAAGUACUUAGAUGCAAAGAGAGAAAAUUCCAAAUUUACAUUUAAACCGGAUACCAACAAAGCCCACCGGAAAGCUGUCCAUCAUUUCCUCAACAAAAAGUUUGGGAACUUGGUGGAAACCAAAUCGUUUUCUGAACUGAAUUAUAAUGCCGCUGAUCCAAAUGUAGUGAUAACAGUAAAGUUUCGGGAAAAAGCGCACAAGCACAGGAAAAGGUCUCUCCUUGAUUGUCAGGAAAGAAAAGUUCUCUAUACAGGCCUUAAAGACAAGAAAGCCAUCACCUAUCAAGCAAUGGUUGUUAGAAAAGUUACCCCAGAGAGGUUGAAAAAUAUUGAAAAAGAAAUUGAAGAGAAAAGAAUGAAGGUUUUUAAUAUUCGGUCUGUAGAUGACCCCCUUCGACUUGGUCAGCUCAAAGGAAAUCACUUUGACAUUGUCAUCAGAAAUUUAGCACAGCAAAUAAAUGAUUCUGGGCAGCUGAAAGAGAGAAUUUUGGAGGCAAUAGAAAAUGUUAAGAGUAAAGGUUUUGUGAAUUACUAUGGACCUCAGAGAUUUGGGAAGGGAAGGAAGGUUCAUACAGACCAAAUUGGAUUAGCUUUGCUGAAGAGUGAAAUGGUGAAAGCUGUAAAGUUAUUUCUUACACCAGAAGACUUGGAUGAUCCUGUAAAUAGAGCAAAGAGAUAUUUUCUUCAAACUGGGGAUGCCAAGGGCACACACUCGCUGAUGCCGGACUUCAGGAUUCGGGAGAGAGCCGUGCUGGAGUCAUUGCAUCGCUUUGGCGUGACAGAGGAAGGCUGUAUCCAGGCGUGGUUCUCCUUUCCCCAUUCAAUGCGCAUAUUCUACGUUCAUGCAUAUAGCAGCAAAAUCUGGAACGAGGCAGUGUCCUAUAGGCUCGCCACCUACGGGUCCAGAGUGGUGGAGGGCGAUUUGGUGUGUUUGGAUGGAGAUGUCGACGACGCGCCCUUCCCAAAUAGUAGAGUUCAUCUAGUAACUGAAGAAGAGGAAUCAGCUAAUAUUUACACAAUAAAUCAGGUGGUUCUUCCAGUGCUUGGGUACAACAUUCAGUACCCAAGGAACAAAGUUGGGCAAUGGUACCAUGAACUACUUGGCAGAGACGGACUACAAUCUUGUAAAUUCAGAGUACCUGCUCUGAAAUUAAAUGCUCCAGGAUGCUAUCGACAGAUACUGAAAUAUCCUCAUAAUCUCUCAUCCCAGCUGAUCGAAGAGUCUGAUACGAGUGUCCCGACAGAAGGUUCUUGCAUCAGUGGAGCAACUUUAUCUUUAGUGAUCUCUUUUGAUCUGGACUCUUCAUGUUAUGCUACAGUUUGUUUGAGGGAAAUAAUGAAGCAUGAUGUUUAAAACCAACUAUUUACCCUUCACAUAGUUGUAUAGAUGUUGUUCUUGGAAGGAAAAGAAGGAAAAAAAUUGCUUGAUUACCUGCCAUGUUUUAAAAGCAUCAUAAUUGUUGUCUCCUUCAAAACAUCUAAUGCUAGAAUAUUCCAGAGGCGUGUUGCUAAUAAGUGACAAUAUCUGAAUGUAAGUUCAGAUCUGCCUGACUCCCAAGGGUAUGUUCUUGCUGUUAUAUCACAGUUAGUACCCUCCACUCUGUGUCAAAAGCUACAAUAUUUUGGGACCACUAAUAACAUACACUAACUCCAAGAUAACAUUAAAGACAAAAACAGUUUAAGGAAUGUUUAUAUCCUCUAGGUCUUUGCUGAAAAUGUAGGUGAAAUUAGGUUACAAUAAAAGUAUAUGGUUGGAAAGAGAGAGGAAGCAUUUUGUUAUUUAUCAUCACCCUCCAUGUUUUUUUAAAUUGCUGAUAAGAAAAAUACACUAGGUGAAUUUCCCCAUUCAUGAUAGCUAACCCAGGUGGUCAUUACCCCUUAAUUUCAUCCAAUUUUAUCUCAUAAAUCAUUACCCUUAGCCAUUUCAUACCAGUUCAAAUUGGAGGCAACAAAGACUGGUCGAUACUAGCAUAAGGAAGUAAAAUUCAAAAAUGAAAGAACCUAUCUGCAUCGCAGUGUUUGCUUAUCACAGCAUAUUUAGAAAUCAUUUCAAAGGCUAGCAUUAGCUGGCUUAAGUAAACUAUCAUCUUGAUGGAAAGACAUGUAACUAUUAAAAAUGGCAAUGAAGAUUUUAAUAUGAGAAAAUGCUUCUCCCUAAUAAUAGUAAUAAUAAACAUACA